AAGAGAUUUAGUUUGACUGGAAAGUUCAGGGAAGGCUUUGUGGAGGAAGAGGCUUCAGGAUGAGUGUUGGAGGAUGGGGUGAAUCUAGACAUGACCCCGUGCCUCUGAUUCACACUCUUCUGGAAUACACUGUGCCUUCUGUGCAGCUUUGAUCUAAUCCUUCUUUCAAUGCCCAACUUGAGUUAGAUGUCCAAUUCCACGUCCAGCCACUCAACAAACCUCCUAGGACCAGCCCAUCCCUUUGACACAUCUCCCAGCUACGUCAUCACUGAUGGUCUGACUGAAUAUUUGUUUGUUCCUAUCCAUACUUGUACUAGAAUUAUCCCAACAGUGGUUAUAUUCUGUCUCGUCAACUCCUUGCAAAUUCUAGAGCACCUUGUUUCCUAGCAUACCACCCAGCACACACCAGACACUCAAUAAAUGCUCACUAAUUGCUUAUAAGGGAAAUCUAUUGGCUCACAAAAUCUUAAUGACCCACUUCUGGAUUUCUCACUUUCUCAAAGAGAAACUUUGGAAGGAGAUCCCAUGGAAUCCCACUUUAACCAAGGCCAUAAAUACUCUGAGGGGCAAAUAAACUCAGCGUGGAUGCCAGAGAAUAGACGUAUUGACUCCAAAUGAAACUGCAAAGAGGACUUUGGAGCUUGAAAGAGAAACCUAAUUUGAGUUUAUUUUCUAGAUGAUUAACAUUAAAUAGUGCCAAUCCAUCAGCUAGCACCAGAAUUUCUAGAUCAGGCUGCAGAAACCCACAGAGUCUGAAGAAAGAGCAUCCAAAGACUUACCAGGACCACAAGCAGUUGUACACCAUGACCGAACAGGUGAUUGGAGCCAACAGUGUACCUGGCAUUAUUGCCCCAGGUAAUGUUCACGUCAUCCAGCCCAGCUACCUCGUGGCCUCUGGAAGUCAUCUGCAGCCUUCAGAGGUGACCACUUACCCAAUUUCACCAAAAGUAAUCCAGUGUGAUACAGCAAGAGCAAACUUACAGAAUCCACUCAUGGUAAACCAGAACUCAGCAGCAGGUGUACAGAGUCAACCCAUUGGGUAUCAGCGACACUAUCCGGUGGGAACAGCCAGUUUGCAGACUGUGCCUGGAGUGAUCCAAUACACACAGGGAACGACGAAUCUCCAGAUACGGCCUGGAGACCUUCAGAAUCCUCUGAAUGCUAAUCUUGGGCUGACACACACCUCAAACUCAUCCCAGUGGAACACGUCAUUUGCAUCAUUUACUUCAUUUAAUCCCAAGAAAUUCAUAAAUGAGGAGGUCAGAACAUUAGGGGCCAUCCAGAUCCUCAUCGGCCUGACGCACAUGUUCUCUGCAAUUAACCCUGUGCUGUAUCACUAUUCUUCUGUGACCUGGUUGUCAGGCUACCCACUCUGGGGAGGAUUAUCCUAUAUUGUAUCUGGAUCCCUCUCAGUAUGGGCUGCAAAGGACCCCAGUCCUUGUGUGGUGAACAGCAGCAUCAGUUUGAACAUCAUCAGCUCACUCUUUGCCUUUGCCGGGAUCUUCGUUAUCAUUACAGAUCUGAUCCUUUACUAUGUGACGACAUAUACAAAGGCAGUUUCUGGCAGUCUUCUCCCCUUUGCCCUCCUGGAGGUCAUCCUCACUUGUGUGGUCUCACAUUUUGGGUGCCAGGCUACCUGCUGCAGACAAUUUGAGAAUGUGACAGUGAUUCCAACCGUAUCCAGUUUCGACCCAGCCAAUACCACCACCAGCCCUGUCAAUGCUACCACUGGUCCUGUCAAUGCUACCACUGGCCCUUUCAGUGCUACCAAUGGUCCCAUCAAUGCUACCAUUCACCCUGUCAACACCACCACCAGCCCUGUCAAUGGUACCACUGGUCCUGUCAAUGCUAACAUUGGCCUUGUCAAUGUGACAACUGGCCCCGUUAACACUACCACUGCCUGUGCCAAAACUACCACCAGCUCUGUUGAUGCUAUCCACACCAACAGUGUACCCCCGAACCCUCAUACCAAGAAAUAGCUGAUUUGCACAGAGAUAGAUGACAUGGGAUGCCUGUCUCAAUGACAAGGGGAUAUACUGCAGCAGUAUCUUUCUUUCUCCCUGAAACUUCCAUGACCAUAACUCUAGCCUUGUUGCUAGACUGAAAUGAACAAGCAUUUCCUCUCCUCUUCACUCCUAAGCUUCAUUUUUGUUUGUUAUUGAUGUCUUUUUUUCAUUCAUAAAUAAUUUUCCUUUGG